AUGCAGGAGUGUACGACACCCUCGGCCCAGCAGGAGAACAAGGCGCAGGUGCUCCCCGUGACUCCUGUGGUCCCUGCUCAGGUCCCCGAGGCCCGUGCUGCUACUACCCAGUCCACUGUGCAGCCCCCUCAGCUCCCCGCUCAGCACCCCAUGGCUCCUGAGCUCCCCACUCAGCUCCCCAUGGCUCCAGCAGCCCCUGCGGCUCCAGCGGCCCCAGCGGCGUCCCCCGCGGAUCCUGAGCUCCCUGCUCAGCUCCCCGCGGUUCCGGCGGCUCCUGCUCUGGCGCCCGUGGCCUCCGCGGCUCCUGCUCUGGCCCCCGUGGCCUCCACGCCCGCAGCUCCUGCUCUGGGGCCCGCUUCUGAGGAGCUGGCCCAGGCUCCGCCCGCGGCUCCACCCACGUCCGAGGUCCUGGCUCCGCCCAUGCCCCCAAGGGGGUCACCCCAACCACCUGCACCUCAUCGAGGUUCCAUCUCGGCGGUUGGCCCCAGCCUCACUCAGGGCACCUGGUUAGCCGGCCAUGGCCCGACCGCCGGCGUCCCCUUGACAGCCAGCGGGCCCCUCACCCGCGGCUCCCUCCUUGCCAUCUCCACCAACCCCUUUGCCCGCAUCCUUGCCACCCUCAGUCCCUGUUCCGGCCCCACAGAGGCCUGUUGCCCCAACCUGCCCUACGUCACACCCACUGAAG